GAUAAGGUCUGGAAAGAAUUGCUUUUGGCAGCCAUUGGUGAACAAUUUGUUGGCAGCGUAAGAGAAGAUGACGAGGUGUGUGGCAUAAGUGUCAGUGUGCGUGACAGAGAUGACAUCAUUCAAAUCUGGAAUUCAAAUGCGAAGGCUGUUGAGGAUGCAACAGUUUUAGACAAAGCGAGGGACCUGCUAAAAGAUGUUGACUUGUUCGAUGAUUUCUACAAAUGUGAGUUUCUGGUAAUUAGCUAGGAACAAGCAGACUUUAUUGCAUGUCAU